AGGAUCCCUAUAUACAAUCUUUGUUUUUGUUUUGAUUUUUUACGUUUAUCACGCAAUUACGCUUUAGUAUUUGUUUCUUACUUAUCGGCGGCCGGUGUCCGAGGGUAGCUUUGCAAUCUGAUUCAACCUAAAGGGUUGUGUUGGAACGCGAAUAUCGCAAUUUAUUAAUCAUUUGGAGAACUUAAUUUCUUCAAACAAUUGCAAUUAUCAACGAUUGCGUGUAUGGCUAUUACAGACUUCAAAUAAAAAACAAAUGUCUAUUCAUUGCAAAUAAAUAAUUACAUACACGGGAAAACACUUGAGUUUGCUGCUACUCCUACUCUGAAGUGGUGGGGUAAUCUUAUCAUGGCAUUAGACAACAACUAUGGAGAUAAAUACAACAACUGGCACCCCGGCAACGAUGAGUACUAUUGUAACGCUGAGGCAACCAAUAAUUUCGAGUGUCUAUCAUUGGUCAAACAAUUAUUGGCAUGUCGGCGUUUUCAAGAUCGCUGGCCAGUUUGUUGGUCAAAGCCUACAGCUGAGCAGAACGAUACAUCCCAUCGCAUGGAUAUAUACGAAAAACAUUCGGAAGAAACGCUAAUACGAAUAUGGCACAUACAAUGUACCAUUGUUGUGACGUUAAUGGCGAUAGCAUUGGCUCGUGUGGUGGUACGUCAUACAUUAGGGCGCCACCGAAAGGAGGAGGGAAAUGAUCGGAGUAAAGGAGGCACGGGGAUGGUGUCAUGGUGCAAAGUGUAUAUAUUAGAAUUUCUGGUGAUCUCAAUGCCUGCUGUUGUAAGUGUAAAUGUAUUCAAUAGAUAUGUUGAUCAUAUCUUGGCAAUUGCUGUGAUCGUGGUGUUGGCAGUUGUAUGGCGCUCGAGGUGUACGCAACGAGCCAAGGAGAGAAUAUAUGAAUUUGGUCGACGACCCGCAAUCUUUACCCUGCUGCGCUCCACCAUAAGCCUGUUGACAGUUCUGUGUAUUCUUGCCAUUGAUUUUGAAAGUUUUCCAAAGAAAUUUCGCAAGACCAGACGUUAUGGGGCCGGCCUCAUGGAUGUUGGUAUUGGUCUGUUUGUAUUUUCCAUGGCCCUGGUAUCGCCCCGCUCAAAACGUUUUGCCGAUAUACGAAAAAUGUGCUUCACUGUCGCCUGCAUGUUGGUAUUGGGUUUGGCGCGAACCAUUGUUAUCACCAGCAUUGAUUACCAUCAAGAUGAACAUGAAUAUGGCAAACAUUUGAAUGCCUUCUUUACAUUGGGUCUAACAAAACUUUUUGCAACCUUACUCGGCUAUGUGGCCGGAAAAGAUAGACAUCUGUUACCACUGGGUAUUGUUAUAUUGAUAAUACACGAAGUCACGCUGCAGUGUGGCAUAGCCUCAUUUGUAUUGGAUCCCUUCGAUCGAACCGAUCUGCUAACUGCCAAUCGUGAGGGUAUCUGUUCAUUGCCUGGUUUUAUUGCCCUCUAUUUGCUAUCGCAGUACAUUGGACAAUGGAUCAAAUCGAAAGAUGUCUUGAGCUUUGAAGAAAUUAAACAAAAAUUAAUUCAUCUCUCAUGUUGCGGUGCAGUUCUAUGGCUUGUUGUGAUAAGCAGCGUUAUGGUGAUUGGCAUUGCUCGGGUCACCUGUAAUUUUGGCUACGUGACAUGGAUGCUGGCCAUUGCUGUGACCAUGUGUGCCUUAUAUUUAUUUGUAUUCGAUAUAGUAUUAGAUACCUUAUUACCGGUUAAUAAGGAGGAUCACAUUUUGGAGCUAACAAAUCCUUCGGAAAAGGGUUUACUUGGAAAUGCAGCGAGUGCUGCAACCAUUUCAAAAAUUCCCACCCUAGUAGAAGCCAUAAAUUAUAAUGGCUUGGUGUAUUUCUUGUUGGGCAAUGUUUUGACGGGUGCUGUGAAUAUCUUUCUCAAUACCGACGAAAGAAGUAACACAGAAAGUGUGGUCAUCCUUAUGGGUUAUAUGUUUCUGACCAGUCUUGUUGUUAGUUUAAUGUAUCGUUUUAAAAUAAGAAUAGCAUAGGUAGAGUAAUUAUUAUAAAUAGCAACAAAAAACAACAACAACUAUUGUACCUAUUGUGAUUCAUAACAGACUAUGUGUUUAUGUAGUGUAAGUUCCCAUGUACUACGCUAUGCCCAUGUUUUUUGGAUAUUUAUUUAUGUUUGCUUAGUGAUAAGAUUACAUGACCAAAAUUUGGUGGUCUAUGAUGUUGUGGUAUUUUUUUUAUAAAUAAAAUGUCAAUGAUUUUGUA